AUGUCAUCUGAUGCUGCAAUUCGCAUGUUACUAAAGACAUCAUCAGCAUCAUUAUCAACCACAAAACUUUUCGAAUCAAAAGAUAAUAGUAGAUUAUUAGAUCAUGCGGCCUUAUUAACGACCCAGGCAACAGCCUUAGCAGCAAAUUUCCUAACUCACCAUUUAUCCGGACCACGUAAACCGUCUUGGCCAAUACAACUUACAUUAAUGUGUGCUGCAAUGAGAAAUAUAACUGAACAUACACAUUUGGUUGAUGUGGAAACAUUACGUCGUGUGAUCACCAUGUUUUUUGCAUUCACACCCUCUGACAUAAUAGUCACGCCUGUUUCUUUCAAAAUCAUUAAUAGAGGUCUACAAGGUAUUCUCAAAGAUUUGGAUGAGAAGGAGGGGUCGUCGUCGAGUAGUGAUUGUCGUGUAUUGAGUGGUGAAUGGGUUGUCCCAAAACCACUUUGGAUACAAAUGAAUGAUGAAUUCCACAAAUCAUCUGCUAAUCACAAACAUAUUUAUGUUGAUCAAGAUGGAAUAAAAUGGUCAAAUGAGAAAGUCAUCUUGUAUAUACAUGGCGGUGCUUAUUAUUUGAUGUCUGCUAGAACUCAUCGAGAUUUAAAUUAUCGUCCAUUCCCGUGUGGUCUUCAUGAUGCUGUCCAUUCUUUUCUUUAUUUGACUGAUCCAAAUGGAUUGGCAAUUCAACCGCAAAAUAUUAUUAUAGCUGGUGAUAGUGCUGGUGGAGGUUUAACAUUAGCACUAUUAUUUUAUCUUCGUGAUAACCAUAUGCCAUUACCAGGUGGUGCACCUUGGGUUGAUUUGACAAUGUCAUGUGCAAGUUGGGUUGAAAAUCAGCCAUAUGAUUAUUUAUUUAAACAAAAAGAAUCGGAUCCAUUAAAUCCUGUAAAACUGUACCUUGAUCCACAUGAAGAACGUGCAAAUCUAGCCAAAAAUCCUUAUGUGUCACCAUUAUUCGGUGACCUAAAUCAUCUACCACCUCUAUUAAUACAAUGUGGCGAUUCCGAGGUUUUACAUGACGAAAUUUGUCUAUUGGCUAAUAAGGCUUCCGAAACUGGCACAACAUUUGUGCAACAUGAAGUUUAUGAAGAUAUGGUACAUGUGUUUCAAAUGUUUAAUUUUUUGGAACCAGCAACAAAAGCAAUGGAUUCAGUUGGAUAUUUUGUUAAAAACAUUAUACCAAUUCACCAGAGAAACAUUUUAUUAUCACAAACUUAUCAUCACAGUAAUUAUUCAAUACCUGGAAUUCAAUUACCUUCACCAAAACAACAAUCAUGA